GAAACUCGUGAAAAACGCCUCUCCGGUCCUCCGGAUUUAGAAGUCUCCCCAAAUCAUUUUCUGGUCCACUGUAGUUUAAUUUGUCCAUCAUGCUGUCAAGAAGUAGAAAUUGAGUGAAGCUUUCGUCCAAAAAAAAAAAGGAAGAAGUGGAAUGGAGCUUUGAUUGGGUGGCGGGGGGGCAAUAUGGAGAGGGGAGAGAUAGAAGAGAGUACAGUGGGACUGCUGAGGAGGACGGCCACUGGUAGUAGUAGCACAGGGGAGUCAAGGUGGGUGAAUGGGAGCGAGGUGGACUCGGAGUCAGCUCCAUGGUAUGGCGACGAGGAGAUCCCAGAAUCGUAUGGAUCUAUUCGGAGGAGGCUUGCCAAGAAACCCAAGAGAGUUAAUUCUUUUGAUGUUGAAGCCAUGGAGAUUCAAGGCAGUCAUGCCCACCAUAAGAAGGAUCUUCCACUUUUGGGAACUCUUGCUCUAGCAUUCCAAACACUUGGUGUGGUGUAUGGUGACGUGGGUACGAGCCCUUUGUAUGUUUUUGCCGAUGUAUUUAGUAAGGUAACCAUAGAUUCAGAAAUCGACGUCUUGGGAGCAUUAUCAAUAGUGAUAUAUACAAUCGCUCUCAUUCCUCUAAUGAAGUAUGUGUUUAUUGUACUCAAGGCCAAUGACAACGGAGAAGGAGGAACGUUUGCACUGUAUUCAUUGGUCUGCAGGUAUGCAAAUGUGAGUCUUCUCCCGAAUCGCCAGGCAGCUGAUGAGUAUAUCUCCAGUUAUAAGCUCAAAGUUCCCACACCAGAACUGGAAAGGGCUUUACAUAUAAAGGAUGUACUGGAACGUAAAUCCUCUCUUAAGACCAUGCUCUUGCUAUUGGUUCUCAUGGGAACAUCAAUGAUUAUAGGGGAUGGCAUCUUGACACCAGCUAUGUCAGUGAUGUCUGCUGUUAGUGGUUUGCAGGGUAAGAUACCGGGUUUCGGAACAAAUGCUCUUGUUAUCACUUCGAUAGUCAUCCUUGGAGCAUUAUUCAGCAUACAACAGUUUGGAUCAAGUAAAGUGGGUUUCACAUUUGCUCCUGCCCUAGCUAUCUGGUUCUUGAGUUUGGGUUCUAUCGGAAUCUACAACAUGUUCAAGUAUGAUGUUUCUGUGGUAAGGGCAUUGAAUCCGGUUUAUAUCUAUCUUUUCUUCUCAAAGAAUUCAAUCCAGGCAUGGUCAGCUCUCGGCGGGUGUGUUUUAUGCAUCACAGGAGCUGAAGCAAUGUUUGCUGAUUUAGGUCACUUCUCCGUGAGAUCUAUACAGAUUGCCUUCACCGGCGCGGUCUUCCCCUGCCUUCUCUUGGCCUACUUUGGCCAAGCUGCAUAUCUCAUGAAACAUCCCAAUUCGGCCAGCACAAUAUUCUAUUCCUCCGUGCCCGAUGGGAUUUUCUGGCCAAUUUUCGUGAUAGCCACGCUUGCUGCUAUAAUAGCUAGCCAGGCCAUGAUAUCUGCUUCGUUUUCAUGUGUUAAGCAAGCGAUGGCUCUUGGAUGCUUCCCAAGACUCAAGGUAGUUCACACCUCGAAAAGGCACAUGGGUCAGAUUUAUAUUCCUGUAGUUAAUUGGUUUCUGAUGAUCAUGUGCAUGGCUGUGGUUGCUGCUUUCAGAAGCACAACUCACAUAGCAAAUGCGUACGGCGUAGCUGAAGUUGGGGUCAUGUUGGUCAGCACCAUAAUGGUCACCCUAGUGAUGCUUUUGAUAUGGAAAACAAACCUGUACCUGGCUCUAUGCUUCCCUCUGGUGUUUGGGUCAAUAGAGCUCUUGUACUUAUCGGCUGUCCUAUCCAAAAUCCUGGAGGGCGGUUGGCUCCCACUCGCCUUUGCGUCUCUCUUCCUCUCUGUGAUGUAUGUCUGGAACUACGGGAGCGUGUUGAAGUACCAGGUCGAGUUCAAGCAGAGGAUAUCACUAGAUUUCAUGAAUGACCUUGGCUCUACCCUCGGGACAGUUCGGGUCCCGGGGAUCGGACUGCUCUACAACGAACUGGUCCAAGGCAUUCCCUCAGUUUUCAUCCAGUUCUUGCUUGACCUCCCAGCCAUCCACUCGAUCAUCGUCUUCGUCUGCAUCAAGUAUGUCCAAGUACCCAUUGUGCCCCAGGAAGAGAGGUUCUUGUUCAGAAGGGUGGGCCCCAAGGACUGCCACAUGUUCCGGUGCGUUGCCCGGUACGGCUACAAGGACGUCAGGAAAGAAGACCACCACUCAUUUGAGCAGCUCCUUCUGGACAGCCUCGAAACGUUCUUGAGGAAAGAGUCCCAAGAACUUGCCCUUGAGAGCCUCAGCCUCACAAACCAGACCCAUGACGGGGAUGCGAUAAUGGAGGAGGACCUGAAGGCUCCAUUGAUGCAGGACGACCGGAACAGGUUCCAAGAAACUGGGAGCUUGUUGUUGCCGGCUAGUGCCAUGUCAGCGGAUGAAGAUCCAGGGUUGGAGUACGAACUCAUGGCGCUGCGCGAAGCCACCGAAUCGGGCUUUACGUACUUGCUCGGGCACGCGGACGUGAGGGCGAAGAAGAGCUCUUGGUUCCUCAAGAAACUGUCAAUCAAUUACUUUUACUCAUUCCUGAGGAGGAACUGCAGGGGUGGGGCUGCAACUUUGAGAGUCCCUCACAUGAAUAUAAUCCAAGUUGGGAAGACAUACAUGGUUUGAUUUUGGAUUGCCAUAUGAAAGUGUAUUAGAACACCAAAGUAGAUGGAUUGUUGUCAAGUUUGAAAAAAAAAUAAUUACCUUUAUAAAUUACAUUGUAGUGAAAGAGCUCUGUUUUAUAAUGUUUUAGGUUCAGUUAAAUAAUGUACAAGAUCAAAAUGAUGCACUGAAGUUUCCUUCUUACUUUUUGUGAAGUUUUGGGAAGUAAAUAUAACGACGCAUCCAAUUCGAUUUCAAACAGAAUUGAGAUUAUAUUGAGUAUUUAGGAAGUUUAUUCAAUAACUUAGUUAUGAGUUG